UCAAGUUUAUAUGUAUACGCAAGUUAUUCACAAGUGUGUAUGCAUACAUUGCUAACAUUAUAUGUAUUGGUAUCGAUUUCAUAUUAGUGUUCACGUGUAUUUUAUAUAUGUAUUUUUGAACAUUCAGUAGUAUGCAUGUAUAUGCGAGUAAUUUAUAGGUGUAUAUGCACGUGUUUUAUGUAUGUAUUGAUAAGCGAAGUUUGAUUUAAAUCCUACACGGCGCCUCAUACUCCAGAGUGGGAUGACAUUAUCUAGUCACUGGUGAUGAAACAGUGUGAUUUAUUUAGUCACUAGGUAGUGUUAACUAAUAAGACUGAAUUAUGAAGUAGCACUCAGAAAAAUAAGCAAAUGUAAGACUUACAAAGUCUCAAGGGGGGAAAUGUUGAAGAUUUUUUAUUAAUCAGUUUAUGACUUAAUCAAGUAUAAUCAAGGUGAAUCUAGCCAUUAAUACAAGCAGUUAUACUUCCAUUAUAAUCUAACACUGUGUGUAAAAAGAAAAAGCCUGCAUAGCAGAAAAUGGACAGACCCUGAGAUGGGAAACAUCUGGAAACCUUACCAUAACAAGUCUUGGGGGCCCCUUCUCUCUAGGGAGGAAUCAAAUUGUUUGCAUAAAGGAAAACUCUAUGAAAUGUCUAGAACACGCCUUCCACUGUGUAAACAGGAAAACUAUAUAUAAGGAGAAGCCGAAUAACAAUUGAGAUCCUUUCUACAGAGAGCUCUCGGCUUUGUUCUCAUUGAAACAAAGUCUAUCUUCUAGAAACAAAAUCCCAAGACUGAGUGUGAUACUUCAGAUCAGCGGCAGACGACACUACAAUAUAGAAAACGGUGAGAAAACUUGUGAUCCAGAAACCUGCAGAAUGGAGCAUGAAGAUACUGAACAACAAAAAGACCUGACGGAAGAGAAUGAGGAGAGUGAAGUGGAGGAGAAAUACCAUCAUGUUAAAACUGAUCUAAAAAAAUCUUUGAGUCACUCACAGACUAAAAGUAAUUCAUUGAAAAGAAGAGCCAAGAAGUCUUUCAGGUGCCUUCAGUGUGGGAAGAGUUGUACAUUAAAACAAAGCCUGAAGAGACACAUGAAAAUCUGUUCUGGGGAGAAACCACACACAUGUGAUCAAUGUGGAAAGAGUUUCACAUUAAAAGGAACCCUUAAUGAUCACAUGAAAAUCCACACCGGAGUGAAGCCGUACACAUGUGAUCAGUGUGGAAGCAAUUUUGCUCAAAAAGGGGGCCUUAAGUCUCACAUGAAAAUCCACAGUGGAGAGAAACCACACACAUGUGAUCAAUGUGGGAAGAGUUUCACACAUAAAGGAUAUCUUAAGAUACACAUGACUAUUCACACUGGAGAGAAGCCGCACACAUGUAAUCAAUGUGGAAAGAGUUUCAGAAUUAAAAUAAAUCUUAAGGAACACAUGACUAUCCACACCGGAGAAAAGCCAUACACAUGUGAUCAGUGUUGGAAGUCUUUCAGAAAGGAGUACUCUUAUAAAUUACAUAUGCGUUCUCACUCUGGAGAAAGACCGUUUUACUGUUUUACUGAUCAGUGUGGUAAAAAUUUUUUUAGGACAGAUACACUGAAGAACCACCUAAAAGUUCAUUCAAAAGAGAAGCCUUACAUGUGUUCUUUGUGUGGAAAGAGUUUUACUCAGCUGGGUAAUUUAAAAAUACACCAGAAAAGACACAGUGAUGUGAAAAAUCAUAUGUGCUUUGAUUGUGGGAAGACUUUUGUUAGAGAUGCUGAACUGAAACAGCACCAGACAAUUCACACUGCAGAAAAACCUUACAAGUGUUCACACUGUGAGAAGAGAUUCAAACGGUCAAUAUAUAUGAAAAUACAUGAGAGGAUCCACACUGGAGAGAAACCUUACAAGUGUUCACACUGUGACAAGAGAUUCAUUCAGUCACAAGAUCUGAAAAUACAUGAGAGGAUCCACACUGGAGAGAAACCUUACAAGUGUUCACACUGUGACAAGAGAUUCAUUCAGUCACAAAAUCUGAAAAAACAUGAGAGGAUCCACACCGGAGAGAAACCUUACAAGUGUUCACACUGUGACAAGAGAUUCAUUGAGUCAAAAUAUCUGAAAAUACAUGAGAGGAUCCACACUGGAGAGAAACCUUACAAGUGUUCACACUGUGACAAGAGAUUCAGUCGGUUACCAAAUCUGAAAAUACAUGAGAGGAUCCACACUGGAGAGAAACCUUACAAGUGUUCACACUGUGACAAGAGAUUCAGUGAGUUAUCAAAUCUGAAAACACAUGAGAGGAUCCACACCGGAGAGAAACCUUACAAGUGUUCACACUGUGACAAGAGAUUCAGUCAGUUACCAAAUCUGAAAACACAUGAGAGGAUCCACACUGGAGAGAAACCUUACAAGUGUUCACACUGUGACAAGAGAUUCAGUGAGUUAUCAAAUCUGAAAACACAUGAGAAGGUCCACACUUAAGAGAAGUCAUAUCGCUGCCUAACAUGUGGGAAGGUUAUCUUCUUAACUCAGUCAACCAAAAAUCUAAAGGUUUGAAAUAACAGUAUAGUUCAUUUUUAGAUCCAGAACACUUAAAUUUGAUACUGUGUCCUCACCAAACAUGACCCAACAAAACAUUGUCUAUAGUUGUUAGAGUUAACAGAAUUCAUCUGCAAGACCAACAGUUUCUAGUCUGAAAUAAAGAUAAACUCAAAAAAGACAGGUCUCAUUCCAAAUGAACAAAAUCUUUAUUCUUUUUUUACUUUGUAUUUUUUAAAUAAUUUUGCUUUGUGAUUUUUGUAUUUUGAUCCAUUUACAUUACUUUUUAUGGAGUGAUUUUAGUGAGUGAAUAAAAUAAAAGUAGUUUUUCCUACUAGAAAUGAAGUUCUUUGCUUUAUGUACACACAUUCAUAAGCUUAUAUUCUCAAGUAAUUGUCGUGCUGUUAAGUGUUUUAAGUCGUCUAAAGUCACAUAGGUCAGAGACACCCUUCUUUAAUCUAUUCUCUUUUUAAGAACAGAUGUUAGAUUAAUGUUUACUAAGAAUGAUGAAAAAGAAGAAAUAAACAUUUUGUGAUUAAUUGUG